CCGACGACGCUAAGCGAGCAGGGUCAAAGUGGCCAGUCCGUGUGUGCAAAGCAAGAAAAAAUAGAUAAAAGCAAUGCGGGUACAUUGUGAUGCAUACGGUUGCAUACAACAAUGUACAAUUGCGACAAGGGAAGUUUCACAGCCCGCGUCCGUCGUCGUCGGCCGAGCAGCGGGAGCCGCCAUGGAGUGCCGCGUCCUGUCCAUCCAGAGCCACGUCGUCCGGGGUUACGUGGGCAACAAGAGCGCCUCGUUCCCGUUGCAGGUUUUGGGCUUCGAGGUGGACUCCAUCAACUCGGUGCAGUUCUCCAACCACACAGGCUAUUCCCACUGGAAGGGCCAAGUGUUGACGGCCGACGAGCUGCACGUUCUCUACGAAGGCAUCAAGCUGAACAACGUGCACCAGUACGAUUACGUCCUCACAGGGUACACCAGGGACACGUCCUUCCUGGAGAUGGUGGUGGAUAUCGUUCAGGAGCUGAAGAGAGCCAAUCCGAACUUGGUGUACGUGUGCGACCCGGUGCUCGGUGACCACGGAUCCAUGUACGUCCCUCAGAAUCUGUAUCCGGUGUACAAGAACAAGGUGGUUCCCGUUGCUGACAUCAUCACGCCCAACCAGUUUGAGGCCGAACUGUUGACGGGGAAGAACAUCAGCACGGAGAAAGAUGCCGUCGAGGUGAUGGACCUGCUGCACGCCAUGGGCCCGGACACGGUGGUCAUCACCUCCUCUGAUUUGCCCUCCAGGCUGGGCGAUCGCUUCCUGGUGUCGCUGGGCAGCCAGCGUCACGUUCGACCCGACGGCAGCAGGACGACGCAGAGGGUCAGAAUAGAAGUUCCCAAAGUGGACGCCGUCUUUGUCGGAACCGGCGACUUGUUUGCCGCUAUGCUGCUGGCGUGGACGCACCACUACCCGAACGAUCUCAAGACGGCUUGUGAGAAAACGUUUUCGGUGAUGCAUCACGUCAUCCAGAGGACCAUAUCGUACGCUCACGAACUAGCAGGUCCCGGUCGGCGGCCCAGCCCGCCCCAGCUGGAGCUGCGGAUGGUCCAGAGCAAAGCGGACAUAGAAGACCCCGCCAUCGUGACGGAGGCCACCGUCAUAUCGUAACGGCCGCCAGCCUCCCGUCUCCGUCAAAGGUCAUUUUGAAACUCAUCAACCCGUUCCGUCCUCUGACCAUUUUUAGCGCUCCCGACAAGCCAUUAGCCUCCGCGCGCAGCCGCAGAUGGACAAGAAGUGUAGACAGCUUUAAGGCGGGGGGGGGGGGGGGGGGGGGGGGGAGGAAACAACAAAAACAAAAAACAUGGACGCGAGACGCACUGUGUGUGGUCUGAAAUUGGGCAUCUGUGGCUCCACUCCCUUCCACACGUGUUUUUUUUUUUCAUUUUAUUUUUAGCGCUGAUGUCAUGGUGACCAAGUCCCCCAGAAAAUACUACAAAGGAAAAAAAAAACCCCGCACAAUGUAAAGUUGAUGUAUAGAUGUUGUACUAUAACUGUAUUGGCGCAUCUGUAUGAUAGCUCAACUGUCUAUUGGACCAUCAUGUGCUACUCAACGACACGCUCAUAUCUGAUAUCAAAUAUUUUGGGAUGCUGCACCGACCUCCAUCUGAAGCAGUCUCGCACACACCGAUUUUUUUUUUUUUUUUACGUCUUAACUGAUUUUUAGUUGGGCCCGACUGAUUAAUCGAUGAAUUGGCCUGCUGAUAUUAGCCCUUUUCAAAUCAAUAAAAAUUGGCCAUUU